UCUUGCAAUCUCUCUCUAUCCGUUCCACACAGAACCCCAAUGGGUACCACCGCAGCUCUCUGCUCUCUCCUCACUCCCUCUCUUCUUCCGCCCGCUAUAAAUCUAAAUCCCUCCUUCCUCCGCCUCCUCCCUAAAUCCCUCUCUUCCUCCUCCUUUUCGAUCACCUGUAAGAAACGGAUGGUGAUUCGAUUUUGCUGUGAAGAAGAUGAUCCGAGUACGAUUUCAUCUUCGAUUAGGGGUUCUGAGAGGAGGCUGGUGGUUAAUGGCCGCACCGUCCUGUCUUCCGUGCCGGAAAAUGUGAUUUCGAGCUCCGUUGUCAGGUCCGGUACUGUGGAGGGCGUGUUUCUUGGAGCGCAUCUCGCUGAGUCCAGCUCCCGCCAUGUUUUUUCUCUCGGAAUCCUCAGGGAAGCGAGAUUCAUGGCGUGCUUCCGCUUCAAGCUAUGGUGGAUGGCGCAAAAGAUGGGGAACAGAGGAGCAGAGAUACCCUGCGAAACACAAUUCCUACUUGUGGAGAACAGGCCAGAGAACGAAGAGAACACGGACACCUCAUACUCCGUCUUCCUUCCCAUCCUCGAAGGCCCCUUCCGAGCUUCCCUUCAAGGAAACCCUAACGAUUUCUUGGAUCUAUGCAUCGAAAGUGGCGACGCAGAGAUCUGCACUGCCGACUUCUCCCACGCCGUCUUCGUCGGCACCGCCGUCUCCGACCCCUUCGCUGCAAUCACCGGCGCAGUUCGCGUCGUCAAAUCCCAUCUCAAAACCUUUCGCCUUCGUGAGGAGAAGCGCGUUCCGGCGAUCGUUGAUUUUUUCGGAUGGUGUACCUGGGACGCCUUCUACCAGGAUGUCACUCAAUCCGGCGUCGAAGCCGGUCUUCACAGUCUCAUCUCCGGCGGCGCGCCACCGAAAUUUGUCAUCAUAGACGAUGGCUGGCAAUCCGUUGAAUCCGAUAAAGCAUCUCCGAAGGAAAACUCAUUGCCCCGGCUUAUUGGGACUAAAGAGAAUAACAAGUUCGAGAGUAUGAAAUCCAUGGUUUCGAGGGCGAAGGAGAAGUAUGGGCUCAAAUACGUUUAUGUUUGGCACGCGCUCGCCGGAUAUUGGGGCGGAGUUCAGCCUGGAGCGCAAGGAAUGGCGGAUUUCAAGUCAACCAUACAGUACCCAAAGAUCUCACCUGGUGUUGCAGAGAACGAGCCAUGGAUGAAAUCAGAUAUACUCACCUUGCAAGGCCUUGGGUUAAUGGACCCCAAGAGUGUUCACAAGUUCUACAAUGAGUUACACAGCUAUCUCGCAGUCAUCGGCGUUGAUGGGGUCAAGGUAGAUGUGCAGUCCAUUCUGGAAACGCUUGGCACCGGCCAUGGUGGUCGAGUGGAGCUUGCGAGACAGUACCACCAUGCACUCGACGCAUCCAUUGCGAAAAAUUUUCGUGAUAAUGGGUGCAUUGCCUGUAUGUGCCACCACACUGAUGCGCUCUACUGUGCGAAGCAGACAGCGGUGGUGCGAGCGUCAGAUGAUUUCUAUCCUAGGGAUCCGGUUUCACAUACCAUUCACAUUGCGUCUGUGGCAUUUAAUAGCGUUUUCCUUGGGGAGUUUAUGGUUCCCGACUGGGAUAUGUUCCAUUCCCUUCAUCCGGCUGGUGAGUUCCAUGCGUCGGCUCGUGCUAUCAGUGGCGGCCCGGUUUAUGUUAGUGAUGCUCCUGGUAAACACAACUUUGAGCUCCUGAAAAAAUUGGUCCUGCCUGAUGGAUCCAUCCUUCGUGCCCGUCUGCCCGGCCGUCCCACAUUGGACUGCCUCUUCACCGACCCCGCUCGUGACAACGUAACACUCCUGAAGAUCUGGAAUAUGAACAAGUUCACCGGUGUGCUCGGGAUCUACAACUGCCAAGGCGCGGCCUGGAGCUCUACCGAGAAGAAGAACACAUUCCACUCCACAAACUCGAUGACGCUAACCUCCACUAUCCAGGGAAGCGACAUCCAU